GAUUUAAGGUAAAUCUUUCAUAUACAAUUCUACAAUAAUUCCAAAACUUCAUUUUUAAUCGGCCGUUUGAAUUAUUUCGUCUCGAGCUCUGGCAGACAUGUAAUCAACAUAAUCAAAUCAUGGUUAUGUCUACGAUAGAUAUAAAUAUUGACCACCCUCAUUAUCAUCAUAUUCAUGUUCUUCAUUACCCCAACACGAUCUGCAGCUUCGUCGCAAUAGGGGCGAUAUAUACUCCUUGCUUAUUUUAGAAUACUAUUGUUUUUUUCUUCUUCUGGAGUCAAUAUGACGCCGAACACGGAAACGGAUCGUAAUGAAGACGAGAGCCACUCUGCCGAAGCUCCUAUACCCUUUUCGACGGAGGAGCUAUUACCCCCUUCCGCGGGGAGAACUCUCCUGCCUAGCCCAAUAGCGAACGCUGUUAGCCUCGCCGCACGAUCGACUUCCUUUGCUCUUCGCAUAGGUACAUUUAUCGGUGGUUAUGGGUUGGGCGCUGCCAAGUUUACCACACUUUCUAGCCUGGAACUGGGCCGCGGUAUUUUGGAAGGGAUAUUAAGUAGAGCCGGAAGAGAUGUCAUAGCAAGAGCCCAGUCCGAGUUGGGUAAAUCAGAUGCCGAGUCUAUCCUAGAAAGGAGUCUCGAAACUUUGCACCAGACAAUGUCCCAGAUCGUCUUCUGGACGGCGACUGGCUUCCACGUUACUGGCACCACCGUGUCAACCGCUUCCCAAAUCUCCCAGUUGUUCCUGUCCGUCCUCGACCAAUUUUUUGGUUCAACCGAUUCUUCUAGAGCUAUUGCGAGCAUCAUUACCUUGAUCCGUCGGGAAUUCCAAAAUCCCGCUACAGGCGCGCAGGGAGAAAAAGUCGGAGUAAUUGACCUUGUUCUUGGUUUGUGCGGCCUUGCCUAUUUACAGAAUCGGUGCAAAAAGAUGAUACAAGGUGAAUCACGUCGGCUUUAUCAAGAAGAAGUCGUUUGGGAUGUUGUUCUUCUCGAUGAUGGAGAGCGAGUUGAUAUUGACGGCGAAGACGUAUAUAUCAGUAGACAUGAUGGAGGACCCCUUUUAGACCGCCACGGACAAAUGGUCGAAGCAGUUACGCAGGAUGGUCUGAAUUGGAAUGGUGACGGCGAUGACGAGAUGCCUGAGGCUGAGCUUCAACAACAAAUUCUAAGAUCGCUCCCUAAAGACGCUCAAGUAUCUAUCACUACCUCUACAACCACGACGAAAACGAUCACUGUUGAUAUCAGCGGCACCCCGCUCAUACCAGUCUUGUCGCUACCUGGGGUAGACGUCGUUAAAAGAGAAAUCAAUAGUUCGGAAGAUAUUUCGCCAGAAAAUGGAGAGGCAGGGCCUAGUUACAGGGUUGUAUAUAGGAUAAGCCGUAAUAAUAUGAAAAAUAUGGCUAUUGAUAGCGAUACCGACGAGGAUACUCAGUCCAGGGUUGAACUGGUUGGCGACGGCGAAUUACGGUCACCAGAUACUCACCGACCCGACCAGCCUCCUCCCGUCCCACCAAAGGCUGCACGUCCAACUUUCGCUUCAUCGGCCAAGGGAAAGGGCAGUGUCAAAGGCGACCACUUAUGCUAUCAAGACAGGUACUCUAACAAUCUUACUGGGUCGAGGUUCGGUCCUCCCAAGGAUCGCACAUCUUCGCUUGCCUCUCAUAAGCAAGGCUCCGAACAUGCUGCGAACCAAAAACGUACAAGGAAACCGUUAGAUGAUUCCCGUCAGAGCUCUCAGGCCACCCUUACCGUUCCGGCUUCUCUAGGAAGCGUUAAAUAUUCGACUAAAAAGCUUGAAUCGCCGCCGACUUUGAAAGGGAAUGAAAAGAGAAGUGGCAUUCGUGAUGUCCUUAGGAAGGGGUCUGUUUUAUUGAACCGCGACUCAAGCUCGGAAAACCUUCAAACACAUAAUGCCAAAUCAAAAGCGCUAAUGAAACCGCCUUGGGGUAGCAACAAGCCUUUGCAAAGCAAAUUGCCGAUAUCACAGAAAAGAGAUUUUUCGGAGAGGAAUCCGAAUCUGAUACCUCACAACGAGCCUCCCCAAUCGCCGCGCCGAGGGAGCCCGAAUCAUUUCACCUCGAGAGAUCUAGGCGAUGGUGGAAGUUCUAUUAUACAUGGAUCACCGUUGCGGGCAAAAUAUGCGUCUUUACAAGGCAAGAGACGUAACUCGGUAGUCUCCCAAACCGAUACCUUCUCGGUCCACUCGUUCGAAAGUCGCCCGUCAUCUCCUUUAUUGCAAAGAAAUGAGGCCAGGAUUCAUAACAGCAUAUCAUACUCCGAGACUGGACAUGAUACGGGUGUCCAGUACCCUCGCUCGCCGUCAAGGGGCCAUAAAAGGAUAACGUCGGAACAUCGCGAUUUUUACAGUCCAAGUAUCUACACCUUACAGACUCGAGAUUCACAAAUGUCAUUAGUCCCGUCUUCGUUUCGGCAAAGGAGUGCAUAUAGCGGUUCGGAGGCCGUCGAUUCUCUGCGACGUACUGGGACGGUUGACGGAAUAUUCCCCAAAUUCCAUCUUCUUAGAAAUAUUACCCGGUAUAGUCGAUACGCCUCAGCUGCGUACGGAUCAAACUUUUUGAAAUUUAUGGGCAUUACCAAGGAGUUGCCCAUCCUGAAGGCGUUAGAUGAAACACACCGGGAUGUUCGUUCAUUCGCCCAUCAUACUGAACUACCACCAGACAGCAUCCUCCUAUCCUCAUUCAUCGAUCAUCAAGGCGGCUCCGACUCUACCGGGUCUACGGAUACCGGAGUGCCCCUAGUGCAUACAAUUGCAAUUGACGAAGAGUCAAAAGCUGUUGUGUUAUCCUGCCGCGGUACAUUGGGAUUCGAAGACGUUUUAGCCGACAUGAUGUGUGAGUACGACGACCUGUUCUGGCGUGGAAAACCGUAUAAGGUCCAUAAGGGUAUCCACGCAUCUGCACGACGGCUUUUGUAUGGGGGAGAUGGAAGAGUACUUGCAACCCUUAAAGAAGCUCUUGAGGAGUUUUCGGACUACGGUCUUGUCCUGUGUGGGCAUUCUCUCGGCGGCGCUGUAACUGCGCUACUGGGAGCUAUGCUUGCUGAGCCUGCUUCUACCGGAACUGCGUUUGUCACUUCAGCUGAACCCCAUCAGAGACUACUUGCGAGUGGACAAUCCCAUCAAACCAACCCUCACAUAUGCUUACCGCCCGGCAGGCCCAUUCACGUGUAUGCAUAUGGCCCGCCUUCUACUAUGUCACCUUCAUUACAAAAAGCGACAAGGGGAUUGAUAACCAGUACUGUACACGGAAAUGACCUUGUUCCAUACUUGUCGCUGGGUGUUCUACACGACUUCCAAGCCGUGGCAUUAGCAUUCAAGACUGAUAAUAAUGACGCGAAGGCAGAAGUGCGACGGCGAAUUUGGGAGGGGCUGCAGUCGGGUCUAGCUAACAAAUGGUAUAAUAACGGUUCGAAACGAUCGCACGAAGAAGAGGAUCAAUGGGCAUAUGCGGCGCUGAAGACUUUACGCACGAGUAUGAUGAGUUCUAAAUUACUACCUCCUGGGGAGGUCUUUUCGGUUGAGAGUACUCCAGCCCUUAGGAGAGACGCAUUCCUCCAAGCUGGUACGGACCAGGUCGGACGACCUGCAACUCGAAUCGUGUUUAAGUAUAUUAGAGACGUCGAGGCCCGGUUCAGAGAGAUUAGAUUUGGCUCUGGAAUGUUGUUAGAUCAUAGUCCUGGGCGGUAUGAAGACGCUCUUCGUCGGCUUACAUUAGGUGUAAUAAACGCAUAAAACGUCAUGGUUAGAGCGAGCAUUCACGAUACCUGCUAGACAGACCAUCAAGACAGCGUCAAAUUGAAUAUUCCGGUCUUAUGUGCAAACGAAGUAUUACGAGUCAAGAUAUACAUAAAAUUGUUCAGAUAUAAGUACCUAACUUACCUGGUACCUAAUGCAACGUUCAUACGAAGAAUAUUAAAA